AUGGCUUCAUUGAAAGAGUCCUUGGCUGGUCCAGGAUUUGUGAUCUUGAACGCUAUAAGGGUAUUCAAUAUCAUCGUCUUCCUAGACAUCAUCGCUGCCAGCAUUGUGAUGAUAGUGAAGAUCUCUCUUUUGAGCAGCUUUUUCUUCUUCCAAGCCGUUUCCCAUGUCAUGGCUGCAGGAAUCAGCAUCUUUCUUAUACUCUCAGAAUUACCCUUCUUCCGCGGGUACUUCGACCGCAAUUGGCCUUUGCUAGGCCAAGAUUCCGGCUUCGUCACACUAGCUGUGGCAAUGCUUAUACUUGGAAUGGGGGUCUUGGGCGAUCUGAAUACGCCUGCCACGAGUCAGGAAUCACUUGGCCUUGCAUUCUGGAGGAUUGUGGUAUCCGCAGGUAUUCUGGCUAUGGUUAUGAGUGUUGUCAAUCUGGUGUCGGUAAGUCGACCUUAA